AUGGAGACAUCACCCUCACUCUCCAACACUCCGCGACCACACCUCGCCAAAACCUCAUCGGUUUCCCCGCAAGACACCACCACUGAACCGCAGAUGCCUGUCAGUAUCAAGCAGGAGGAGGAGGAUAGACUCCCUGCUAUCGAAUCAGUGGACCCAUACGACCAAGGAUAUGAGAGUUCGGUCGAUGCUCCUAUUGCUGCAGCGGCCGAUAUGCGACUGGAGCUGGAGGAGGAAAAGAGGAGCUAUCCCGGAGCAAGCACAUGGGCCGACGAGGAAGAGAGGCUGUUUGAGAUUUUAUUCCAGAGGGCGGAUAUACCAUUACUACCGGCGCAUUGGCAUGUGGAUUUUAGGGGUAUACCCGUCGUGGAUAGCAUCUUUUCCGCGGGUGAUGGUGUGCCUUCCAUCAUAUACAGCCGGUCAACCAAGAAGGAGUUUCAAGCAACCAUGGCCCUCAUCCGUCUCAUAGAUCUGACAUCCUCCGUUCGAACCACCGUCCAAUCGGGUCUGCGGAAGAAAGCUACACGACUGAUUAAAAGGUGUCUGGACAAAUACAUCGCAUGGGCUGCCGAGGACGGAGGCUACUCUCAUCUCAAAAUCGUACCAAACAUCACUACCGCCGUCAUGGACGCCGAGUUGGGAGAGAAAGACAUCACGGGUACUAUGAAGAAGCGCAUGCGUGCGCUAGCCAUGGCCCAGAGAGAGUUCCUGAGAGUCGACCGAGAUGAUUCAUUUUGGGAUGUAUCCGAGGUUGAGGGGGGAGUAAACGGCGCUGACCUGUCCACCUUGUUAGUGGAAAAGUACUUGAAGAGAGUUGAGGAGCUCGGCGUAUCGGCCAAAGCGCCUUCAAGAAACGGCUCUCGUCAGAGCACACCGAGACCACGGGGCACAUCACCCGACGAUACGACUCCAACAAGAACGCGAUCCUCUCCAUCUCCAUCUCCAAUACCUAACGGAUUGACCCCCGAGGAGAAGCAGAGCACUCGCAGCCAAAUCAAUUACAGACACAAACCUCCCGUUGUAUACGGACUCUUCAUCCUCCGCACAUCCGUCUUCCUUCUCACCGCCGACAGUGCAAAGGGUGAUUCUGCGUACGUCAGUUUCCAUGUAGACAUGCAUUUCAUGGAUCGCCACCAGAGCGUGUGGAAUGCGCUUACGGCCGCAAUAGCGGUAUGCCUGGCAAGAGAUCAGCUUUCUGAGAGGAUAGACGAAUUUGAAGAGUUGCCUGCUUCUACGGAAGAAAGUGAAAGCGAGGUGUGA